UCUACGAUACGCUUGAUCGAACAAAUAGUUGCUGCUCCGAAUCUGCAGAAAGCUGCUCGAGCUUGCAAAAAUAUAAAAUAGAAGAAUAACAAUUAAAAAGUUAGACUGGUUUUAAUAUAAACGAAAAAAAUAGUAGUAUAUGGUCGAAUUUGAGUCGAAUGGAAUGAAAUUUUUUGUGGUGCUAAUUGCAGUAGUGUUUGCUAUUCUGCAUCAGACAUAUGCAGAGAGUUUAAACGAAGAUGAUGGUUUCCGACGACUUCUGCGUAGAGCGAGUGCUGAGGCUGAUCGUCCACUAAUUCGUGAACAAAGAAGAAACAAAGAUGAAGAUGAUGAAGAUGGAUUUAGUGAUAUUAUGGAGCAAAAUCCUUCACCCAAUGAUAUCAUUCGAAAAAGAAGGGCUGAUGAAGAUGAAUUUUAUCACACCCUGUUAAGUCGAUCAGAGCCAAAACAUAAAGAAAAACGCUCUUUUGAUACGAAUGAUGUUGACAAUAAAGCAGGAUACAUUGUCCGAGAGGAUUGGACGGGUGAUUCUAAAAUAUCCGAUGCUGAUAGACAAGAACUAGAAAAUCUUUUCCAAAAAUUAAAUGCAGAUGAUGGUCCAGCAAAAACUGAUAUUGCUCGUUCAACAUCUGAUGACGAGAGUUCUGCUGAGGAUGCUGCAAAAGAUUAUGCAACAUGGUUGAUGAAGCAACCUGCUGACAAGAUGGGAGCUGCUUUAAGUCACAAAGCAGAAGUUGAUCACAAACUUACCAAACUGUUUUUCCAUAACAAAAGAGCCUCAUUUCCACCACCAAACUGCAAUGAAAAAUCAUCCCACUGCAAAUGUAGACGUACUUGUCACCCUUACACAGUAGCUAAAUACUCGCCUUGUCGAUGUUCUACGAACAACCCUGCAAGAGCUAGUAUUGCUAAAACUCCCCUUUCAGAUUCAUUAUCCUCAAAGCAGCAUACUCCCAUGAAACGGCACAAACACACAGAUGAUAAACCGUCAAAUGUUAAAUACCCUGAACCAAUUCACUGGAUGACUGCGAAGAAGAGUGAAGCACCAAAGAAUUCAACUGUUCAAAAGUCUAACUCAACUUCUGAGAAUUGCACAACUGCAGAAUGUCUGUGUGAGAGGACCUGCCAUCCAAAGCCAGUUGCAUCGUCAGCUCCUUGUGAAUGUCAAGAAAAACCAAACGAAGGUAAACCGCCUGGUAAAACUGUUUUGACCCCUGGUUCGAAGUUAUGUACAGAUGAUAGUCCUAAAUGUCUUUGUACUCGUGCUUGUUAUCCUAAAACUAUUUUAUCCUAUUCCCCUUGUAAUUGCGAAGGUGAUGGAGAUCCACCACCAAAAAAUGCAACCACGCCUCCUUCUCCUCCACUAGAACUUACAAACACGACCAACAAUGCAACAGCAUCCAAAGAAGAAUUUAUGAAAGCAGCACCCUCUCAAGCUGAUGCAGUUAAAAAGCCUGCACUACAAAACACUACACAACCAGAACAAACUGCACAAGCACCGGUAGUGCCAAAAACUGAGCCAGCACCAGCUGCAACGGUGGAGCAGGUUCCACAAACGCAAACACAAACACCUCAGGCUCAACAACCUCAAGCUGCGUUAAUACAAACACCUCAAGAGGCUGGAAGUGUUUCAAUGAAUAUUCAAAAAGCCCAGCUUUGUUCUGAUAACUCAGCCGAGUGCGUCUGCAAGAAAAAAUGCUAUCCAAAUUAUGUGAAAAGGGUAUCACCUUGUGCUUGUCUUAGUGUGGAAAAGCCUAAACAAACUCCAACUGAAACAGAGUCUUCUUCGCUUAUUACAGAGUCUUCAAAGGCAUGCACAGACAACACCCCUGAGUGUAAUUGCAAAAACAUGUGCCAUCCAACACCCAUUGCGUCCGUCAACCCCUGUUAUUGUCAACCAUCGCAAGGAGCUGGCAUAUUACCAUUAGUUCCUGCAGCACAAAACACACAAACUACAGAUGCAACAACAAACAUUCAGAAUACUACACAAAUCCACAACACCACUACAGCCACCGCAGUAACACCUUCAAAUAAAACUGAAGCUGCACCAGUCCCAACUAAUAACACACAAGGUUUGGUGAACGCAGCGAAUGUUCAGUCAUAUACAUAUACACCUUACAACGCACCUGCAGCGAGCAGAACACAAACAUCCAUUGCACAAGCAUCUUUGUUACAUCCAGCAGCACCUGUUGCUGCACAAGCUGCUGUGGCUAAGUUUGAAGUCAGCUCAACAAAAGGUGAACAACGCAGUGCUGAUCCAUACGCUUAUGGUUGGUGCACAAGAGCUUGCCAUCCUUUAAGUGUUGCUGCUGAGAAGCCAUGCAAGUGUGCUUCUGGUUCAAAUACUGCAAACUUCUUCCCACCAAGAUCACCAGAGAAUAAAAUAAUCAAAGCUCCUGUUUCUUCUCAUAUAAAAGCACCUAUCAGUAACCAUGUUAAUCCGGUUCCUGCUAAACAAACUUCCCCCAUAGCACCUGCAGUGCCUAAUGUCCAUGUACCUGCCACUAGGCCUGUAGAAGGUGCUGCCAUUACAGCAAAUGCAGGAUCAGUGGUACCACAAACAGAUGCGAGUGCGCAAACUCGUAAUGCAGUCUCUGCUAGUGAAAGUGUAUGUGCAAGAAGUUGCUCCCCUCUUUCUGUUGCUAGUCAGGACCCAUGCAGUUGCCAAAACACAACAGGUGCUUUGCCGGCUACAGCUCCAUUGACUAAAGAUACAAUCAAACCAGUUGACACCACCCAUCAUAGCUAUCAAGGAUGUUACAAGGACAGAAAACCAAUUCGAGAUUUACCCAAGAGAUUCAACCGUUUUGAUACCACUCCUGAAGCUUGCAUCAGCGAGUGCAAAUACCAAAAUUACAAAUUUGCUGGCGUCCAAUAUGGCUACCUUUGUUUCUGUGGUAACGCAUUUGGUCGCUAUGGUAAAGUAGCGGACUCAGAUUGUAAUUCUUUGUGCAGUGGAGACAGUAAACGUUCGUGUGGUGCUUUUUGGCACAACUCUGUAUAUGCAGUUGAUGACAGUAAAGAGUACGACCCUUCAGAUUUCGACUUUGCUAAGAUUGACGCUGCUGAGCGAUUGAGAGAUACUUUACCAGCACCUGCUAUUCGAACAGUCAACAAACCAGCACCAGCUGCAUCCACCAACGAAUAUUCUGAUUCACAAGGAGCAAAUGUUGCAACUCAUUUGAUGAAAGCUGCACAGGCUGCACUUAAAGCUGCUAAGAAGUUAUUACCAAGUGUAAGCAAGAAGCACAAAGUUCAUAAAAAGGGUGGAAAACAAGGAAGAAAAGAUAAACGUGAGGACGAUGAAGAAGAUGCAGAAUUAAUGCAAGAAAAGAUGGCCGCCAUGGCUUCGUUAGGAGCUGCCCAUGAAAUUUUACAAAAAACUAACUUUGGCUUGGAUAAGCGAGACGCAGAACGUGAAAAACGUUCCAUUGAUGAAGACAGUGAUCCUUACGAUCCAGAUAAUGGAAAAGAUCUGUUAGCUGCUUAUUUAGCAAAUGUUGAUGCUUACAAACGUCAAGUCCGAAGUGUCGACGACGACGAAGAAGAUGAAGAUCCAAAUGAAAAACCAAAAUUUGAUUAUCGAAGAAUGGUUAUCGGAGAAACUGACGAAGGAGAAUUCGUAGAGAGGUAUAAUGAUGAGAAUGUAGAAAAAAAGAAGAAAAAGCGAGCAACAGAUGGUAAGAAAAAACGUUCUACAGCAGAGGGUAGUGGAGCUGGAGAAAAAAGAAAACGAUCCGUGACAAAGGGUAGUGGUGCUGGAGAAAAGAAAUCCGUGACGGAGGGUAGCGGAACUGGAGAAAAGAGAAAACGUUCUGUUUCUGAAGGCAGUGGUGCAGGGGGAAAAAGAAAAAGAUCUAUGACGGAGGGUAGCGGCGCUGGAGAGAAGAAGAAACGAACUGUGUCAGAGGGCAGUGGUGUAGGAGAAAAAAGAAGAAGAUCUAUGAUGGAGGGAAGUGCGUCAUUUCAACAUAAAAAGCUUAUUCAUAAACGAAAACGACGUGCAGUACUGGAAAAUAGCGGUUCCAACAAGAAGCGUUUUGUUAUCGAAGGUAACGGUUCCAACAAAAAGCGUUCUAUAGUUGAGGGCAGCGGUUCCAACAAGAAACGUUCUGUCAUCGAAGGCAGCGGUUCCAACAAGAAACGUUCUACCAUCGAAGGCAGUGGCUCCAACAAAAAGCGUUCUAUAGUUGAAGGCAGCGGUUCUAACAAAAAACGAGCUAUCGUUGAAGGUAGCGGUGCCAACAAGCGCAAAAGAAGGUCGUUGGAAGGAAGUGCAGAUUACCAAAGAAAAAGGAGGGGUAUGUCUGAUGAAAUGCAGCGAGUAGAGGGCGAUAAGCUCAGUGAAAUCGAAGCUAAAUUACGUUCACUAGAAUAUGUUGAGAAAAGAGAUCAAAUUCCAGAAGAAGCUCUAACAGCAGACGAUGAAAGCGAAGAAGAGGAAGAGGAAACACAGGGAGAAGAUGAAUCUGGCUCUGGAGAAUCAGACAAUGAAGAGGAAAGUACGGAGGAGAGUGAAGAAUCCGGUAGUGAGUCCGGUGAAUCGGAUGACCGUGAUAUGAGUAGAAGAUCAGCUGAAGAAGAUAUGGAGAGUCUGUUCUCAAAGCGAUCUGUUGAAGCUGGCAAACCUGACAAUUCAUCCGAAGUGGGUAACUCAACUGAGAACGCUCAUUUGAAGAGUGAUGUUGAGAAAGGUGUAGAUAGCUUGCUUAAUCUUGUCGUCGAACUGUAUAAACAACAGAAAACGAUCAAGGCGUUCGAAUCUUCCGUUCGAUCCUUACGUCACGAUAUUUUACAUGAACUCAAUGUUCCACAAGUUAAGAAAAACACAGCCACGAAAAAAGUGCGAGAAGAAAUUGAGAAGACUGCGAGGGAGAGGCUGCAUGUUCUGACGAGUUCAAUUGAACACAAAAUAACUGAAUUUGCAAAAUCGCACCCAGAAGCAUCUAAGCAAGCCAACUUAGCCACCAGCCUUCUUCCAAAACUUCCAUUAAGUGACGAAAAACUUGCGGAAUCAAAGAAGGAAAUCUCUCGCCGUGCUGCAGAAUUCGACGAUAUUGAAGACGCAUUCAGCCAAAACGUCCAAACAGAACAAACUGAUCUACCAGAUAUCUUGAAAGAACAUUUUCGACGAAAUUCAGAACCCGAUAUCGAAUUUGUUAAACAAAAACCCGAAGUUGUAAAUGGAGAACAGAAAUUAUCUAGAAUGCACCGCGAAGUACAACAAUCUGAAAUGGAGACUGGGAACGAAGAUGAUGAUGAAUUUGAAAAACUAUUCCAGUAAACUAUAAAAUCUUACGUUAAAUUUUAGUUGAAAAGCUAUUUUAGUGGUUGCGCAAUAUAGCA